AUGGCGGCCAUGCACCCAGUCGGGAGCCCGGUGGCAGGGUGGCUCGUGCAGUUGCUGGAUUUGUCCGCAGCGGACUACGCGGCGGCGGCCGUCACCGAGGGCCUCGAGGUGGGCUGGAGGCUGGGUGCUGCCGAGGGGGCGGCCCCCGCCGCAGCGGCCAAGAUGGCCCCUGGCGAGUGGACCGCGACCGCGGACGACGGCGAGGAGGAGACCAGCAAUGCGGAGACGAUCGUGGGCGGCGACGACCUGGAGGGCUACGAGGAUGAGAAGAACGACAAUCGCGCCGACGGGGCACCCUCGGGCGACAAGCUGGAGGACAGCGACGGCGACGGGGGGGGCGAGUUCGAGCCGCGCAGUGCCGACAGGGACCCCUCGGACGGCGAGCUGGUCGGCGGCGACGGCGUCGGGGGGAGCGAGCUCGGGCAGGACGACGGCGACGCCCUGAAGAAGGGCACCAAGGGCCCCAGCCGCGGCGCGAGGACGCCACCCGCCAAGGUGCAGGAGGAGACCUCGGCAUCGGCGGUGGGGGCGGCGACGGAGGCGGCUGGAGGCGGAAGGGUCCCUGAGCUGGCGGGCGGCGGCGGGGUAUCGGCGGCGGCGGCGGGCGGCGGCGGCUGCUGGCGGGCCAGCAGCGAGAUGCUGCCGAGGGAGGCCGACGACAACCUGCAGGGUGACUUCGGGGAUUGCCUCGUGCACGGCGGCGGCGACGACGACGGAGCCGACGGAGUGCCCUCGGGAGACGUGCUGGGCGGCGGCGACGGCGACGAGGUGGACGAGUUCGGGCAGCGGGGUGCCGACGAGGACCCCUCGGACGGCGCGCUGGAGGACAUCGACGGCUUCGGGGGGAGCGAGUUCGGGCAUGAGGGCACCGUCGAGGGCGGCAGCGAUGAGGACGACCAGGACAGCUGCGAGGGCGAGCGGAUGGCCGACGAGCAGCAGGCCGCCGUGCUGGCGGCCCAGCUGGAGGCCUGGACGGCGGCGGAAGCUCUUGGCGGUGGAGGUGGCGAGCGGGUCGACAUCUGCGCGCAGGUGGCCAUGGACGGCCAAGUCAACAGCGGCUCGGAAGACGACUCGUCGGUGGCCGAGGAGGCCAGGGGGCGCUUCGCAACCGCGCUGGUGGACAAGCCAGCGUCCAGGGGAAAGGACCUCGAGGAGAAGCUGGAGGCGGAGGCCGAGGCGGCCACGGCGGCGGCGGACGCGGGGGCGGCGGCGGAGGCCGCGGAGGCGUCUGGGGCGGCGGCGGCAGGGGCGGCAGGGGAGGCCGCGGAG